AUGGCACAGGUCAUUACGGCGGCGGCGUUCUAUGUGAUCCCUUUCAUGCGCUUCUCCUUCGGGCGCGCCUGCCUUCUGACGUUCUUCCCAACCUUCAUGAUGAGCAUCGCGUUCAUGGUCAUCGCCCAGGUGUCCCACAUCCAGUUGGACGCGGAGGGGCCCUCGGCGGAGUUGGAGAAGCUCCACUGGGCUCGUCGAAUGGCCCUCACCUCCGUGGACUAUUCCCAGGACAGCUAUCUGUGGUCCUACCUAACCAUCGGGCUCAAUAUGCAGAGCUUGCACCACAUCAUUCCCGGGGUUAGCUACACGCAGCUGACGGCCAUGUAUCCAAAGUACCGGGCCAUCUGCCAAAAGCACGGCAUCAAAUUGCUGGAGCGGCGAAACCUGUGGCACGCGCUGUGCACGCACGUGCAUACGCUGUGGAUGCUCAGCAAAACGCACACGUUUGCGCAGGCCGCCCGCAAGCUUGCAUAA